AGUCCUCCUCGUCAAGUAAUUAACAAGAUGGCGGACGAGUUGAUGGAAGAUUUCAUCAUGAUAAGCUUGCAGUCUAUGUUGAUUUAGCAGGAUUCUUCGAGAUGACUUGACGGAUAUAUGCAUUUAAAAGGUGUUUAAAAUGUUUGCGCCAGCAGGUCAACCAGAACUUGUUCGUUCAAACCAGAAAGAUGUAUACUAUCUUGGUUUCUUAAGAGAAGGCAUCGGACAAAUAUUCAGGAACGUACGAGGCCCUUUCUCUUGGAUCAAAUGGAAGACAGAGUUAGAUUUAUUUGCUGACAUCUGUUAUUUUGGUCUAACUACAAUAAGUGGAUAUCAGACACUUGGUGAGGAGUACUGUAAUAUUGUGCAAGUGGACACAAGCAAGACAAGGAUCCCUUCAACAUUGCUGCGAGGAAGUCUUGUCUUUCUCUACGCACUUGGUCCAUAUCUGAUUGACAAAGCUUUAACAAGGCUGGAACUUUGGUUGCAAACCCAAGGCGAUUCUCCUUAUGGAAUUCAUCCAAGAGUGAGAAAUACUUUAUCCACCUUGAUCCCCAUUGUCAGAGCAGGUGUUGUUUAUGUCCACCGAACGCACCUGGCAUUGUUUUACUUGAACGGCAUAUUUUAUCAUAUUGCGAAAAGGAUCACUGGAAUUCAAUACCUGCUUGUACGAAACAGUCUCAGGAAUGACGGCUCCAGACCAACUUACCGCCUGCUUGGCUAUCUGUCCGUUGUACAAAUGAUUAUCACUUUGAUUCUGACAAUGUUCCAGCAUCUGAAAUCUGGCAAACCAUUGGAGCGCCUCGUCUCACAAGAUAAGCCACCGGCUACAAGCAUCAAUACUAGUAGCGGUAUAAAAUGUGCACUGUGCUUGGAAAAACUGCAAGAGAAGACAGCGACUCCGUGUGGACAUCUUUUCUGUUGGAAGUGUAUUACAGAAUGGUGUGCCAGCAAGCCUGAAUGUCCGUUAUGUCGUGAAUCUGUUCAGCUGUCCAGGUUGGUUUUCCUGCAUCAUUACGAACCUACAUGAAGGCCCCACGUGACCUGUAGUAACGUUUACAGACAAACGCACCCUUAGAAGCGACUGGUUGUAUCAGCUGUGUUUAGAGCCUCUUAUAAUUUUGGUGACGGUGAAUCGAUAGAUUCCUCUAGCUUAUUACUGUCUGAACCCAGUUGUGCUAGUUACGGGCCAUGUGGAGAGUUUUGCGCUACAAGAAGGUUAUGACUAUGAAGAAGCAAAAUAAUUAUCACUUCGUUUGAUGCAACUUUGAUUGUCAAAGAAAGCUGACAGAGCAUAUUUCCAAACUUUUAUAAAUUUCCUGCAUAGUUCAACAUUUGAUGAUCUUUUUUCGCUGUAAUUUUUAGGAAGUAUUAGGGAUUAUUUACUUAGUGACGUGAGCACUCAUCGAUAUCGAGCUUGCGUUUGUUCAGUUCU